AUGCAUGCCUAUCCAGAAAAACAAUUACUAAUACCUAAAGAACGGGAGAAGGGAUCUAAUUUAGCAUUUAUGUUUCGACUGCCCUUCGCUGCUGGCAGGGUUUUCAGCAUCAGCAUGUUGGACACACUGCUGUACCAGUCAUUUGUGAAAGAUUAUAUGAUCUCUAUCACAAGACUUCUCCUGGGACUUGAUACAACACCAGGAUCUGGGUUUCUUUGUUCAAUGAAAAUCACAGAAGAGGAUUUAUGGAUUAGGACAUAUGCCAGACUAUAUCAGAAACUUUGUUCUUCUACAGGAGACAUUCCAAUUGGAGUCUACAGGACAGAAUGCCAAAAGCUUACAACAUCUGAAGUAUGUCAGUUUACUGUACUCUCGGGAUUUGGUUACCUCUUAUUUAAAGAAUAUUGGGGAUGCCAUGUCUGCAAAUACACUUAAUUCCAACCCCCUGAAGGUCACCAUCUGCUGAUGCAUAUACAGUCAGAUUAACACACGGCCCUGUCUACAUACAGAUUUUCAUUCCUUUGCUCAUCUACAAAGAAGUGGCUGACUGAAGGAAUAGCUCAAGCACAGGUAGGACAGGUUCUGAGAGUUAGCUCUAGUCUGGCCUUGCAUGUAGUGGCAACUAACGGCAUUAUCAAUAAACUGUAUGACCAGCGUGGGAAGUCACUAAGAUUAUUUUCAACACUGAUAAAGUCAACAGAAUAUUGCUUUCAGAUUUUAUUCUAAUAGGAAAAAAAGAAAUUUAGAAACUCACCAGCAUUUCAAAUAAGUUUGCUUUAUUCACCAAUCACUUUGAGCAUAUUAUUAACUCAUUCUGUUCUUAGGAAUUCUAUUAAGUAAGCAAUCACCAUUUUCAAGUCAUCUUUAUUUUAUGCUUAAAAAAAAAAAGAUAAGAGAACUGCAAAAAAUCGCCAAUACUUAACACAUCAAAAUCAGUCACAGAAUCAUAAUAAUGGCUUGGGGUGGAAGAACCCUUAAGUCUGACACAGUUCCAACCCCCUGCUGUGGGCAGGGUUGCCACUCACUGGAUGAAGAUGCUCAGGGCCCCAGUCAAUCUGGACUUGAACAUCUCCAGUGAUGGUGCAUCCACAACUUCUCUGGGCCAGCCUGUGCCAG